CUCUCAUUUCUCAAACAUUACUUAGGGUUGACCGACCGCAGUUUAAGGUUCAGGUUUAGGGUUGCGACAAACAGAAACAGAGAAAUUAAAAUGCAGUAUCAGGCGGCUGACUCGUGGGGAUAUUAUGUGCCGGCGGCACGGUGCAUGGGAGGUGGGGACCCACUGGAGAGGGUGGCGAGGCUGGCGGCAGAGAGCGCGGUGGUGGUGUUCAGCGUGAGCAGCUGCUGCAUGUGCCACGCAGUGAAGAGGCUCUUCUGCGGGAUGGGGGUUAAUCCGACGGUGUACGAGCUCGAUCACGAUCCCCGAGGCAAGGAAAUCGAACGGGCUUUGAUGAGGCUGCUCGGCACCCCCAAUGCCGUCCCCGUUGUCUUCAUCGGCGGCAAGCUCGUCGGCGCCAUGGACCAUGUCAUGGCUUCCCACAUCAAUGGCUCCCUCGUCCCGCUCCUCAAGGAGGCCGGAGCUCUUUGGCUCUGAUAUAUGUGUAAUAAAAAAAAAAUCUAUAUACAUAUAUGAGCAGACAAAGAAACCAAAAAUCCAGAGAGAAAUUAAGGAAGUUAAAUUUUUAGUAGGUGCCGGUGGAGUUGUUUUGGUGAUCUCCGAAACUUGGUUUU